GAAUACUUCUCGAUCGAACUCAUGUCCGUGUCGGCACAAUCUUAACUUGUUGGCCGCUGUAACGCGACUCGAGAGAGAAGAGAAGGGAAGGGAAGGAAACGGAGAGGAGAGCUCGCUUCGUGUUCCUCCUCCUCCUCCUCCUCCUCGACGAAGAAGAUAAAGGAGACGACGAGCGUCCAAAAGACUCCUCUGUCUUCCACCUUCCUGACGCAAACGAGAGCUCGACCAUGUCGGAUCCCGCGUCUCUUCCGCCCGGCUUUCGCUUCCACCCCACCGACGAGGAGCUGAUCCUGCACUACCUACGGAACCAGGCGGCCUCCCUGCCGUGUCCCGUGUCCAUCAUCGCCGAGGUCGACAUCUACAAGCUCGAUCCAUGGGACCUUCCUGGCAAAGCGGUGUUUGGGGAGCGCGAGUGGUACUUCUUCAGCCCCAGGGAUCGCAAGUACCCCAACGGCGUCCGGCCGAACAGAGCCGCCGCCUCCGGCUACUGGAAGGCGACCGGGACGGAUAAGCCCAUCCACGACAGCAGGGGGAACGAGCGCAUCGGGGUCAAGAAGGCGUUGGUGUUCUACGAGGGAAGGCCUCCCAAGGGGAGCAAGACGAACUGGAUCAUGCACGAGUACCGCCUCGAAGAAGCUCGGAGGAGCAACUGCUACAAGCUGAAGCACGCCUCCAUGAGGUUGGAUGACUGGGUCCUCUGCCGGAUCUACAAGAAAAAGGGCAACCUGCAACCGGUGCCGCCAUCGAUGGACGAUCGAGAACGACAAGAUCCAGCAGACUCUGCCUCGUCCAGCUUUCACGGCAUGAAUCGAGCUCUGUCCAUGGCAGAUCUCAUGGAGGACUACUCAGCACCGUCACACCUGUUCGCUAACCUGCCGGUGAUGCAGGGAUCCGAGCUUGGCUUUCUCAGGGCUCAACCGAGGAUGGAUCAUCAGCUCUUACGACCUGGAAACAUCGACGGCAGCAGCGAUUUCCACUACCAACUCGCUCGACAGAAGAAACCCAGUGAUGCGACCAUCUACACCGCUGACUUCAGCUCGCUGAGCCAACGAUUGCUCGAUCUGCCCGGCUCUCAUCUGUGAUUACAUCGAGCGAGACGCAGAAACAGCUUGCAUUAGCAAUCGACGAGAAGCCAUUCUUUAUCUCCACAACCACAAGCUUUAUGUUGGAUCGAAGAUAUCAUGCGAUACACAUGAAAGUCAUAAUGUUUCUAAAGAACUAUUGUGGUUGAGAAUCUUAUGGAAGUCUUAACGAUGCAAACACCAAUUUCGUUUAUCUUUUA